AUGAAGCACUAUAACGUGACUUAUGUCGAGGUUCUGCGUGAUGGAGAGGUAAUAGCUAAAUACUAUAAAAGUCCUGCUUCGGGCUAUGGUUCUAUGGGUAAAGCCGGACAAAUUGCCAGCCCUCAGAUAUUUGAAAGACUAACCGCAGAGUUGGUAAUACCCAAAGUUGUGCCCUUGGAGGGAAAUAAGGUCACCAAGGUGUCGAGCUCGCUGUUGGAUGGUUUUGAUUGUUAUUACGGUACCGAUACGGGAAACGCAGUGUACGUUUGUUUCUCUCCCGUCGACGUACCAAAGAUUCUUCCACUUCGGGUGUUGACAGAGCUGAAACCGUUGUCAAACAAGUCGGACAGGGAACUGGAUUCCAACGUCCAAACUAUUGUACAACAGUUCCACGAAGAGCUUUUGUCCUAUCAUGACUCGUCUACCGCCGAAGCUACUGAGCAGGACUUGCAGGAUAUCAUACAGCUUAUGAAUGAUAAUAUAGACAAGUUUCUGCAACGUCAGGAGCGUGUGUCACUUCUCGUGGACCGGACCUCGAAAUUGAAUCAAUCAAGUUACAAUUUCAAGCGCAAAGCCGUACGAAUCAAGACAAAAAUGUGGUGGCAGAAUGUCAAGCUUUGCUCAACACUUAUUGCGGUGAGUGUGAUUGUGCUUGUUGUGAUCUUUGGCGCAGUUCACUAUAUAGCUUGA